AUGCAGGUGAUGGUGACAUCGACUGACGGCGACCAAGUGGCGCAGAUCACCGCGGAGCCCACGCAGCAACUCGGAUCCGUGGGUCCGCAGUUGCAGCAGCAGUUUGGUAUCCCUGCGAAUGCUCAAGUGCUGAUGCUGAAUGGUAAUCCCUUGCGUCUUGACCAAACGUUUGAGCAAGCGGGUGUGAAAGAGGACGAUCUUCUGGUCAUUAUGCGUAAUCCCUCGGCUGCACCGGCUGCUGCAAGACCUGAUAUCCUGACGGCGGCGGGAUUCACGACUCGUCCGGGUAUGAAGCUGCACGACAUUCCAGCUAACCCCACGCCGGAGGUACUUCUUGACAUUAUGGACAAGAAUCCCCAGCUUCUGGUGGAGCUACAACAAGUGAAUCCGAAGUUGGCCACGGCACUGCAGACCAAGAGUGUGUCGGACGUGCGUAUGGCGUUGAUGCAGAUGCACAUGGAAGCUGCAUCGCGGAAGUUCGAGGAGCAGCAGGAGAUUGAAGCUUUGGAACGGAACCCUUUCGACGCCGAGGCCCAGGCCAAAAUUGCCGAGCGUAUUCGUCUAUCGAAUGUCCAGAAGAAUAUGGAGAUCGCGAUUGAGGAGAUGCCUGAAGCAUUUGGCCAUAUCACUAUGCUUUACAUUCCGUGCGAGGUGAACGGAACGCAAGUGAAGGCGUUCGUUGACUCCGGAGCGCAGUCGACCAUCAUGUCGUCGAGUUGUGCGGAGCGAUGUGGCAUCAUGAGGCUCGUAGACAAACGUUUCGCUGGCCAGGCAGUCGGUGUUGGCACGGCUAAGAUCAUUGGACGAGUGCACAUGGCUCCUCUCAAGAUCGGGAACGAGUUCUAUAACUGCAGCUUCACGAUUCUGGACCAGCAGGGCGUGGACUUCCUGUUCGGCCUCGAUAUGCUCAAGCGACAUCAGUGCUGCAUUGAUCUGAGCAAAAGUGUUUUGCGUCUCCACGAAGGUGACAGCUUCCACGAGGUUUCUUUCCUGCCGGAGCAUGUACGUGAAAUUCCUACGUCGGAGAACCGUGCAGCUUCUGCGCAACCUCCAGCCACAAUUGAUGGUGUCCCCGUUCCGGCUUCAACUCCAGGCUCCACCCCAACUUCUGCUGCUGCGGUUCCAACGCCUCCUCCAGCUCCAGUUGCAGCGGGAGGUCAGAGCGACCAGGAGAAGAUCGCUCAGCUUGUAGGCUUGGGGUUUCCGGAGCAACGGGCGAUCCAAGCGUUGCAGACUUGCAACGGAAACGUCGAAAUGGCUGCUGGGCUUCUAUUCGAGAGCAUGUAG